UGAAUGAAUGUUCUUUAAAGGCAUCAACGUCCAUAAAUUUGCCGCUUUCUACGUUCUGUCAUCUUAUUGGUUGACUUUAAUGUUACCACAGGGAUACUGUAGCAACCAUGUUGUUACUCCACCCAUUCACUCUUCGAUGCAUUCUGAUUGGUUCUCUUCAAUGUUUGUAAAUGUUGAUUAGUAGUACUACUGUAGUUGUAGAGUAAUUCUCAGCGCGCAAAUUAAAGGUCCUGCCGCCUUCAAAGUUAUUAAACAUUUACCUGUUGUGAUUUAUUUGAAAAUUUGCUGGUGUUAUUCGAAAAGGGAGCCAGUAACGGUCGGGAUCUUUUUAAAACGGACAAGGGAGCAAUCGUCGCAGAAACACAUUAACAAUGGUUCUGAGUCAGAGUGAUGCGGGCAAGAGCCUGACUACUGCCGCAGCCAAGGGGAAUACGGACGAGGUCCGGAAGAUACUGGAGGAAUGUAGAGUCCCCGCUGACACUGUCAAUGAAUUUGGCAAGACCGCAUUACAGGUGAUGAUGAUGGGCAACUCUAAUGUAGCCUGUCUGCUGUUGGAGCACGGCGCCAACCCAAACAUCACAGACAAACGAGGAAUCUCACCGGCGCACGACGCAGCACACACCGGCUUCCUGGACACACUCCAGGUCCUGGUGGAGUUCGGCGCAUCGGUCAACACAGCCGACCACAGCGGCUCUCUCCCCAUCCACGUCGCUGUCCGAGAGGGCUACCGGGACAUCGUGGAGUUUCUUGCGCCCCGGUCCAACCUGAAACACCCCAACGCCAGCGGAGAGACGCCGGUGGACCUCGCCCGGGCGUCGGCGUCAUGUACGCCAGAGGUGGUGGAGCUUCUAGAGAGACAGCUAGAGUCUCAAGUGUUCUCUCAGUCCCCAUCCCUGAUCUAGAAACAGCUCUAGUAGUAGCAUGGACCCUCCCUUCCUGCCUACCCAGCUUCCCCUCUCAACUUUAGGGGCUGGCCGAUUCCCCUUCUAACUCUACACCCAUCUACACUCUCCUGUUAAAACAUUGUGACUUGAAUUCAUUGACGUAAAGUUUACUUGAUACAAGAUCAUUUAUAGUAACCGGCUGAGGUUGCUUUGUGUUUGUCUGUUGUGGCGGCGCUUGUAGAAUCAGUAUUGGUGAACAUUUCAGUAGGACGCCUCUUAUUUUGCACAGAGCAAAAGCACCUUUUUGAUGGUAGAUCCAUAAUUUGACCUCUCCCCCCCCCCCCCCCCACUUUUGAUUGGGGGAGUGCACACUUGUACAAAGCUUUAUUACUCUGUUUGUGUGAUAAUUUACUGCCUCAUUGUCAAGGGAAUUGUACUGUUGAUCUUUCAGAUUUUUUAAAUGUUGGUGUUUUGACUUGAUAUGGUGAGUGCCAUGAUGACUGCAUCGCUUAGUGGUUGUGUUGGUCUUUUGAAAAUGUCUUAUUAGGCAUAUUUAGAUUUCUUUUAUUUUACAUCUAUUAUUUAUUUAUUGAAAUAUACCUAUUAACUUUUGUAAAUAGCGACAUUUGUUUUGGAUUGUUUUUUUGAGAUGUUAUUUAUAUACAAAUACUAUUGAAAACAAAAGAAAUUAUUCACUCCUUAGAAGAUGAAAGCACAAAAUAAAGUGUUUAACUUUA